AUGCCGAAACCAUUUUCUCUUCUUAAUAAUAAUUUUCCCCAACUUCUCUCUCUAUCUCUCUCGUAUUCUAGCUUCCUCAAUAAUCGGAAGCAAAGAUCUUCUACUAAAUUAUACUCUAUGAUCUCUUUUUUUCGUAUCAAAUUGGGAUUUCUGAGUUAGUAUCAUUUACUUGUGCAUAAAACAAAGUUUCUUUCACAUGGAUGUUCUUCUGUACCAUUCAGCACCUUCCCAUGUACGAUUACAGUUCGUGGAGAAAAAAACGAGUUCGCAAGGAUUGCAGCCUUCUCUAAGUGAAAAGACCCAAGUUUUGUGUAGUAUAAAUAGUAGCAGUUGUUGGUCUUUGGGUGCUUCCUCUAGGAAGCAGUAUUUAGUGAAGAACCCCUAUCAUCAAGAAGCUUCUGGGUCACUCAACUCUGUUCGAAGUCGUCAGGUUGCCUCAAGAGUCUUCAAUGAAAGUUAUAGUGGGGCUGCAGUUGGUGGAGAACAAAGUCUGGAAGAUAUAUCAGAUAGUGCCGAUUCAGUGCCAAAGGUUUUGAUCCCUGGGUUGCCAGAGGAAUCAAAAGGUGAAUCAAGUGCUUCCACAAGUAGUAAUUAUUGGGAAUGGAAGCCAAAGUUUAACGUGCAUUACGAAAAAGCUGGUAGUGAGAAUGUUAAUUCUCCACCGCUUCUCUUCCUUCCUGGAUUUGGUGUUGGCAGCUUUCACUAUGAAAAGCAGCUAAAGGACUUGGGGCGUGAUUAUAGAGUAUGGGCUCUGGAUUUUCUCGGCCAAGGCAAAUCAUUGCCUGUUGAAGAUCCUGCUCCUUUGUUAAAGGAUACAAAUCUCUCUGGGCAGAAUAAUGAGACAUGGGGCUUUGGUAAGACAGCUGAACCAUGGGCAGAAGAACUAGUUUACUCUGUUGAUCUGUGGAAGGAUCAAGUGCAAUACUUCAUUGAGCAGGUCAUUGGUGAACCAGUUUAUGUUGUUGGUAACUCACUUGGAGGAUAUGUUGCAACCUAUUUUGCAGCAUCUAACCCUCAGUUGGUGAAGGGUGUUACCCUACUCAAUGCAACACCUUUUUGGGGUUUUCUUCCUAAUCCCACAAGAUCUCCUGUACUAUCUAGGAUUUUUCCUCAGGCUGGAACUUUUCCUCUACCUGCUAAUGUAACUAAGCUUAUGGACAUAGUUUGGCAGAAAAUGAGUGAUCCGGAAACCAUAGCUGAGUUGCUCAGGCAGGUAUACGCAGACCAUUCAACAGAUGUUGAUAAGGUCUUUUCUCAGAUAGUUGAGACAACAGAGCAUCCUGCUGCCGCUGCAGCAUUUGCCUCAAUCAUGUGCGCCCCCACCGGUCAACUAUCUUUUGAUGAAUCUCUAUCAAGAUGUCGAGAAAGCAAUGUUCCAUUUUGUCUCAUGUAUGGGAAAGAGGAUCCAUGGGUGAAGCCUUUUUGGGGACAGCAUGUCAAGAGGCAAUUUCGAGAAGCUCCAUACUAUGAAAUUAGCCCUGCAGGUCAUUGCCCCCAUGAUGAAGUUCCUGAGGUGGUGAACUAUUUAUUGCGUGAUUGGAUCAAAAGCCUAGAAUCCAAGGGUUCUGUCACAUUGCCUCUGCUUGAUGAUGCAGAGGCUAUCCAAUAUGAUCUCACGAAGGACGUGGAGUUUAUCAGAGAAGGAUCUAAAAAGUUGGUAACAGUGCGGUUUUUUGGUUCACAGUUUUCGAUUUGGAACCAAAUACAAUCUCAGAUCAAAGCUCGCUUUAGGAACAUAGGGAUGAGACCUCAAUGACGACCAUGUAUGUAUUGUAGCUGUGACAACCCGUUGUAGAUAUGCCAUAUCACCUUAUUAUUGUAAUUGAACAUACAGGGUGUACUGCUUAGUGAUGGCUGUGAGAUCUGUAUUGAGUUAUUGACUGUAUAGUUGCAUUUGCAGAUGAAUCUGCUUAGUUUGAGGAUCAGGGAAGCAAUGCAUUUGGAAUCUGUAAUUGUUAAAAAUGUAUAGUGAUUUGUUAGGAUUCUAUGGUCUCUCAUUCCAGCCUGCAGGGAUCCGCAAGAAUCACAUGUAAUUGCACUAUAUCAACAUCAUCUUCCUUGUACAUCCGGGUAUACUGUUAUAUGAUACAAUGUACAUUCCAAGGCUAUUUCUAACUUA